AUGCAAGAAGGAGACCGCGUGCAAUUUAGAUGGCUGCAGAGCACGACACCAUCACCUACUCCAUGGCGCUUCACGGAUCAGCGGACGCGGUACAGGAAGCACAACAGCGCAAGUGAGUCAUCUUUAAUUCAGACGGAGAUGGCCAGAAAAUUGGGACUCGAGGAACGUACCAACAACAUCAAACUUAAAUCAAUCCAUGGAACCGAAUCAGACAUCUCGACAACCACUACCAGCUUCACGAUCGCUUCAAGUGAUCAUUCGGUGGCCUACACAAUUAAGAACGCGCUUACAAUACCCGACAAUUUGUCCACAUUGCCACUAGAAGAAAUUGACACGUCGCUGGUCACCAUCCUGCUCGGAUAUGAUAUCCUCGAUGUACACCUAACGCUAGAAGUCAGGCGGCCGUCUAAGAGUGCACCAGGUCCCACAGCCAUACGAACCUCCUUAGGCUGGACGGUAGUUAGUCGGUUCCAGUUAAAUCAACCAACAUUUCAAGAGAAUGCAGCUUCAAGUCAUUGCACGUUAACCCGAUUGCAUGAAGACCCAUUGACAGCACUGGUAGAGAAUUUCUCGUCAACCGAGUCGUUCGGCACAACCCCAGAUGUAAGGAAAUUAGUUUCUCCAGACGACCAUGCUGCAUUAGCAUCCUAUGCUCGGACGAUUCGCCUGCUGGAUACCGGAAGGUAUGAGAUAGGCCUUCCGUGGCGAAUACCCCGCCAAACCCUUCCUGACAAUUCCCAUCAGAUAUUGAAAAAUUUCUUCGCUUUGGAAAGACGACUACUACAACAACCGGAAUUGGCAAAGCGUUAUUCAAAGGCCAUUAAUGAAUACGCUGAAUUAGGAUACGCUAGACAAGUUUCAUCGGAUGAAUUAAAAAUUGAAGAUUUGGGAAGUAGGUGGUAUGUUCCGCAUCAUGCAGUGACUCACCCUCACAAACCCAAUAAAUUGAGAGUAGUGUUCAACCUAUCGGCAAAACAUCGUGGUAUCUCAUUGAAUGCAGUAUUGUUGAAGCUUCCCGACUUCUAUCCCAAUCUGGUAGGAGUGCUACUCCGCUUCAGAAGUAAGAAAAUCGCUGUUUCAGCCGACAUCGCCAAAAUGUUCCUGCAAGUCCGUUUGAGGGAGGAAGAUCAGCCGUACCUUAGCUACUGGUGGAGACCACCUGGCGAUGUUCGCCCACCACAAACCUUUCAAAUGAUUGUGCAAACGUUCAGUGGCGUCUCCUCGCCAAGUUCAUGUCUUUACGCUGUGCGUAAGACGCUUGAGGACAACCCAGAAUUUGAGGAUCUCCGUAGCAAGAUAUUACGCCACAUGUUUGUCGACAACUACCUUGAUUCAUUUGACAGUGAAGACACCGCCAUUCAGGACUGCCUACGAUUAAAGGAACUGCUGAGUAGGGGAGGAUUUCAGUUGAACCAAUGGACUUCAUCCUCUAGAAGAGUCUUAGCCGCUAUCCCACCCGAAGAAAGAGACAAGCCAGAACUAGAUCUGGAUUUAGACGAACUGCCCGUAGAGCGGAUGUUGGGAAAUUGGUAUGACAGUCAAACAGAUGCCUUUACUUUCAAGUUCAAACCUCAACCAGAAGUCCGGUCCAUGCGUCAGUUGUUAUCGGCAGUCGCCAGUGUGUUCGACCCCAUCGGUUUUAUAACUCCGGUGGUAUUAGUUGGCAAGCUUCUGUUCCAGUGA